GGCCAAACGUCACGGUGACGUUGGGAUGAGUCAAUGCAAAAGCAUAAACAAACUCGGCGAUUUCGAUGCAAAAGUGCCCCCGCAGUGCUGUGAAACUCAUUAUUUUCGUUUAUUGCUCCUAAGUUAUCUGUGCGCCUUGUUUGCUCUGUCGUACGGGACUUCUUUCCCUGAAGGAGAACCUUAAUCUGCUGUUAAAAAGUGUCUCCUACGUCGUUGGCGAGAGGGAGAGAUCCUGUGCAGUGACUGAAGACUCAUCAACUCCCCAGUACAAAGAAAGCACAGCCGGAGAAGAACUAAUUUACCCCGAGAGGAAAAAAUGCAAGACAAUCGGCCCGAGCUGUACGAGGAGGUGAAACUCUACCGGCAGGCCCGGGAGCGUGAAAAGUACGAUAACAUGGCGGAUCUGUUUGCCCUCGUUUCUACGCUGCAAAAUCUGGAAAAGGCCUACAUCCGGGACUGCAUUACACCGCAGGAGUAUACGGCUGCCUGCUCGAAGCUGCUGGUGCAGUACAAGGUGGCGUUCAAAAUCGUGCAAGGCGACGAGUUUCCGACGAUCGACACGUUUGUGAAAAAGUUCCGGCUAGACUGUCCGGCGGCACUGGAACGCAUACGGGAGGAUCGUCCCAUUACCAUCCGGGACGAUAAGGGCAACACGAGCAAGUGUAUCGCCGACAUAGUGUCGAUGUUCAUUACGCUCAUGGACAAGCUGCGGCUCGAGAUCCGCGCGAUGGACGAUUUACAGCCCGAGCUGCGCGAUCUGCUGGACACGAUGAAUCGGCUCUCGCUGAUUCCGGACAACUUCGAGGGCAAGGAGAAGGUAUCCAACUGGCUGGCAACGCUGAACACGAUGCAGGCAUCGGACGACCUAACGGAAGCUCAGGUCCGUCAGCUGCUGUUCGAUCUGGAAUCGUCCUAUUCGGCAUUUAACAAUCUGCUGCACACCACAUAAACAUCAGAACCCGCGACGAACCGUAUCUCCAUGGGACUGUAAAUAGGAACAUAAGUCAUUUUGAUUGUAAGAGCGGGGUAGGGUUUAACGAACAAAACCGGACUGGGCUUCGAAGGAAUUUGAAUCAGGUUAAUCUGUGCAUCUAGACGAAAGCAAGAAAAAAGUGUAAGAAAAGGCGGGAGGCGAGCUAAGUAACGAAUGUAGGAAUGCGCAUAUUUUUACUCAAACAAUUAAGAAAUAUAUAUAUAAACUGUUUAACCGAAAGAUGUGGUCGAGUUUUGGUAGCUAACAUCGGUCUGUUGCAUCGAAUAGCACAAUCGUACAGUGCCAAUAGGAGUGGGAAAAGGUUAAUGGUUACAGGAUAAGUUCAGGAAUUAAAACUUUCGCGACGUUACAGGACAGUUGGAAUAGUUGAUAGUUGAGAUAAACAGUAAUAGAGUUGACCGUUGUUUGCUAAUUAUCAUUGCUAGUCACAUUACUCUCAGCACGGAAUUUAUGGAUCAAUUUUGUCCACAUUAAAGUACGGUAACAUUAGCUGAAACUCUUUUUGCACUUGUAGAAUUUUUAUUUUAAAUUUUUUUACCAUUUGACUACAUAUGAAGUAAAAAUUUAUUGAAAAAAUUUUCAUGUAAAGUUUGAACAAAGUUUUGAUACAGACUGUAGCCUCUAUGCAAUAACAAAGCAAAAUCUCUAUUUUUAAAAAAAAUUACAGGGUAUCCCGAAGUAAUUUUACGGUUUCCACUGUUUUUUUUUUUUUUUUUUUUUUUUUUGUUGCGGUUUAUUGAUUUUUGCUUUCUUCACAAAGUUUUCGUACUUUAGAAAACUGGUCAUUAUUAGUGUCGCCUAAAUUCUAAUGUUCCUUCAAUGAUUAAAUUGUUUUACCAAGUGAAAGAAAUUUUCAUAGUUUGUUUAAAAAUAUUCAAAAGUAAUAAACAGACUUGCAACUAUA